GACAAAUAUCUCUUCUUCUUCUUCUUGUUACGAACCGAGUGCAGAGUCUUUCUUCAGUCAACUGCGAGUUCCCCGGACAUCUUCUCUAAGCCGCAGCGAAUGGCUGCCACGAUCUCGACCCACUUCAGCGUCACGCCUCACCGUCUCCGCCGACCCGUUCUUUCGAGCUCUCGUUCGAAGGCCGUUCGCUUUCCGAGCACCAGAACCAGGAGGAGGAUCUUGAUUCAUCCCAAAUUCGAUGCUGACGGUCCAUUUCUCGCCCGGGUCUGUGGCGAUGGUGGGGGCGCCAUUGACGCUUCCGCGCACCAGUCCGCGUCUUCUAUCCAGAACAUUGAAGGAAAAGGUGGUAGCAAUUCCAGUUUCGGGGAUGGUUAUGUGGCUUUGUUUGUGCGGAUGCUUGGGGUAGACCAAGAUCCCCUUGACAGGGAACAGGCAGUAGUGGCACUGUGGAAAUACUCACUGGGAGGGAAGAAGCAGAUCGAUGCCAUUAUGCAAUUUCAUGGGUGCAUAAAUCUAACAGUAAAUCUUCUUACGUCAGACUCAACUUCAGCAUGUGAAGCAGCUGCGGGGCUUCUGAGAUUGAUAUCAUCUGUAAAUGUAUAUAGAGAGUCAGUGGCAGGAGCUGGAGCUGUGGAGGAGAUAACUGGUUUGCUAAGUCGACCUUCUUUGACUCCCGAGGUAAAAGAGCAAUGUUUGUGUACUUUGUGGAACCUGUCAGUGGAUGAGAACUUCAGAUUAAAGAUUGCUAACUCUGAGGUCUUGCCAUUAAUAAUUAAAUCCCUGGAUGAUGAGGACAUAAAAGUGAAGGAGGCAGCAGGAGGGGUAUUAUCUACAUUGGCGCUAAGUGAAUCAAACCACGGAAUCAUGGUUGAAUAUGGUGUCAUCCCAAAAUUGGCGGAAGCACUUUUAAGGCCUGAUGUGGAGGGAUCCAAAGUCAUCAGAAAGGAAGCGAAAAGUGCAUUGUUGGAACUUGCCAAGAAUGAUUACUAUCGAAUUUUAAUUAUUGAAGAGGGCCUUGUUCCUGUUCCCAUGGUUGGUGCACAUGCAUAUAAAUCCUUUAGGCCAUCUUUGCAUUCUUGGCCUAGCUUACCUGAUGGUACAGAGAUUGAAAAGACAUCUCAGGGCCCUUCAAGGUUCGGUGCCUCUGAGUUACUGCUUGGAUUGAAUGUAAAUGGCGAAAACCUGAAUGUUGAGGAAGCUAGAAUGAAUGCGAUAGUUGGACGUACUCAGCAACAGUUUCUUGCCAGAAUUGGGGCUAUUGAAUUAGAAGAGGAAGGACAAUCCCAACCUGAGAAUUCUUCUGGUGGGAUGUUAACACUUUUGCCCUGUGUGGAUGGUGUAGCACGGCUUAUUUUAAUUCUUGGACUUGAAGACGAGUCUGCCAUAGCAAGAGCUGCUGAGUCCAUUGCUGAUGCAUCUAUCAAUGAAUAUAUGCGCAUCUCAUUCAAAGAAGCUGGAGCUCUCAUGCAUCUGGUGAAGCUUUUAGAGUGGGAUAAUGAUGCUAUUAAGAUAGCUUCAACCCAUGCUCUUGAGAGAUUGUCCCUCAGCAAUGGUGUUUGCCAGAUCAUUGAAGCUGAAGGUGCUUUGCAUCCUUUGAUCAAUACUCUGAAGCAGAAAGAAAUCUCUGAUACCCUGUUGGACAAGACACUGGAUCUACUUGCCAGGAUUUUAGAUCCCACCAAAGAGAUGAGAUCCAAGUUUUAUGAUGAACCAGUUAAUGGAUCAAAAAGGAGUUCUGAGUCAGUAGGUAGAUCUGAUGCUGCUAAUGGGUUUUCUGGGAUGAGCUCCAGGGAUUCCAUAUCAACAACAAAUUCAGGGGUGCAAAUGCUAGACUCUGCUGUCAUUUCUCGCCUUUUUGAGAUUUUGAAGACAUCAUCAUUAACUCUACAGAGAAAGGCAGCUUCAAUCCUUGAGUUCACUGCAAUUACCUCCAAUGUGGACACAGUUGAUCCUGCAAACAUUGAAUCUGGCCUGGAUGCGGUCUUCCAGCAAAAUGUUUUGAAAGACACAGAAUCUGAUGUGGAGGAAGAGCAGCCAGAACAAUAUGCAUUAGAGGUCGAAGAAGCUGGACUCGCAAUAUCUGCAGCAUCUCGCUUGCUAACAAAGCUUCUCGACUCUGAUCACUUCCGCAAGAGUGUAGAUUCUGCCCAUUUCACUGCCUUACUCCGGAAAGUCCUCAAAUCAAACAUCCCUGUCCACUGUAAGGAUUGGGUGGCUGCUUGUUUAGUGAAGCUAAGUUCGCUCUCUGGUUUUAGCAAGUAUUUCGAGAAUCCGAUUAAUGUGGAGGUGACUCUCUAUGAAACAAUCCCGAGAUUAAUAGAACAGCUGAAAGCCUCGUUCUCUCCAGAAGCUCAAGAGGUUGCAGCUGUGGAACUCAACCGGAUAAUCUCCGCAGGGGUCGUGGAUUCCACGAGAGCAGUCGCUUCUGGUGGUGGCAUCUUCCCGUUGGUUAAUCUCCUAGAAGAAGGGACUGCAAGGGCAUCCGAGGCGGCUUUGUCGAUACUGUAUAAUCUGAGCAUGGACAGUGAGAAUCAUCCGGCAAUCAUUGCAGCUGGAGCCGUGCCUGCUUUGAGGAGAAUUAUUCAAGCACAGAGAGCGCAGUGGCCAAGAGCACUUCGGUUGCUGAGGAUAUUGCCAGUAUAGUUUGAUGGCGAAUUCAAAAUGCAUAGGAAAACUGAAGUACGUGAAAAAGAGCAUAGCGGAUGUAAUCCACCAGUUCUGUAAGAUUUUGAUACUUGCAUUAUUACACUCUAUGAUAUCUACACUCAAAAGGGUCAUUCUUAUA